CUUGACCCCUAGCUUCUACUGCCAUUUUUUUUCUCACAUUCCUAUAUUCAUUACUUUUGCUUUUGUUGUUUUUGUUAUGGAUCCUCCAUUGUGAAUUUUGAUUUAUUUAUAUUUAUCCACAAGGGUUUUUCAAGAAAUCAUUGUAACAGUACAAAACACAGACGAGAAAUGACCCAAAAUGCUGCUCCUUUAAGUGUGCCACCUACCCAUCUUGGAUCCGUAUGGAAUCGGGCUGGAACAUGGGAGGAGAAAAGUGUAAAUAAAUGGGCAAAUGAUAGGAUAAAGGAGCUGCUUAUAGCUGUUGGAUCACAGGAGUUUUCUGGUGGCAGGGCAGAAGUAGCUGAAGUAACACGGUGUUCUGGUGAUGCAUUCUUGGUGAUCGUACGAAAUAAAAAAUGUGUUGGCUAUACAUAUGAGCUAACUAUAAAAGUCGAGGGGGAAUGGCUUGUUGGAACAGAGAAGGAAGUGGUCAAGGGCCAUUUAGAUAUACCAAAGUUCUCAUUUGGUGAGCUAGAUGAUUUGCAGAUUGAAGUGAAACUAAAUGAAGAUGAGGAUCUUGAACAACAAGACAAGCAUCGGAUUAAACAGGAUAUGAAAAUUUUUUUGCAACCUCUCCGCGAAAAGUUGCUUCAGUUUGAGAAGGAACUGAAAGAGUUGUAGCAUGCAGUUGCUAUUGUUUUUUUCUUUUUUUUUUGUUUUAUCUUAGACACUCAUGUUUGUAGUUGUGGCCAUUUGACGGAAAUUGUCACUUUAGCUCGUACGAGUUUGUCAGAUUGUUGUAAUCUUGUACAGCUUAUUACUAUUAACAAUCAAUGAGAGCAAAGCUGUUUGAAAUA